AUGUCAGGCGAAACAUUUGAAUUCCAGGCUGAGAUAUCCCAGCUACUAUCUCUCAUCAUCAACACGGUCUAUUCAAACAAAGAAAUAUUCUUACGUGAACUUGUCUCCAACUGUUCAGAUGCGCUUGACAAGAUCAGAUAUGAGUCACUCGCGGACUCUAGUAAGCUAGAUUCGGGAAAGGACCUUCGAGUUGACAUCAUCCCAAAUAAAGAGAAUAAAACUCUAACUAUCAGAGACAGUGGUAUUGGGAUGACUAAAGCUGAUCUAGUUAAUAAUCUCGGAACAAUCGCUCGAUCUGGAACCAAACAGUUCAUGGAAGCAUUAACGGCUGGGGCUGAUAUUUCUAUGAUUGGGCAAUUUGGUGUCGGAUUCUACUCCGCUUAUUUAGUGGCAGACCGGGUUACUGUUAUUUCUAAGAAUAACGAUGACGAGCAGUACAUCUGGGAGUCAUCGGCUGGUGGCACAUUCACCUUAACACCCGACACUGAUGGAGAACCACUCGGACGCGGAACGAAAAUUAUUCUUCAUCUCAAAGAAGAACAGCAAGAUUAUUUGAAUGAGAGCAAGAUCAAGGAAGUUAUCAAGAAACAUUCCGAGUUCAUAUCAUACCCUAUAUAUCUGCACGUGACUAAAGAGACGGAGACUGAGGUCCCUGACGAGGAUGCCGUCGAAGAAGCUAAAGCUGACGAGGGCGAUGAAAAGAAAGCAAAGAUCGAGGAAGUUGAUGAUGAAGAGGAAGAGAAGAAGCCGAAGACAAAGAAGGUGAAGGAGACCAAAAUCGAGGAGGAAGAAUUGAAUAAACAAAAACCAAUUUGGACUCGUAAUCCCUCUGACAUCAACGCUGAAGAGUACGGAGCGUUUUACAAAUCUUUAUCUAACGACUGGGAAGAUCACCUUGCCGUCAAGCACUUUUCUGUUGAGGGCCAGCUUGAGUUCCGCGCAAUCCUAUUCGUGCCCAAACGAGCACCCUUUGACUUAUUCGAAACAAAGAAAACUAAAAACAAUAUCAAACUCUACGUCCGUCGAGUCUUUAUCACAGAUGAUGCAACCGAUCUGAUUCCUGAAUGGCUGAGCUUUGUCAAAGGUGUCGUUGACUCUGAGGACUUACCUCUAAAUCUUUCUCGCGAAACUCUCCAACAGAACAAGAUCAUGAAGGUCAUCAAGAAAAAUAUUGUCAAGAAGGUACUCGAACUAUUCCAAGAGAUAUCCGAAGAUAAAGAACAGUUUGACAAGUUUUACUCAGCAUUUAGCAAGAAUAUCAAACUCGGUAUUCACGAAGAUUCUCAAAACAGGGCUGCUCUAGCUAAACUCCUGCGAUUUAACUCAACUAAAUCUGCUGACGACCAAACUUCUCUAACUGACUACAUCACCCGCAUGCCAGAGCACCAGAAGAAUGUGUACUACAUCACUGGAGAGUCACUGAAGGCUGUCACCAAAUCUCCGUUCCUAGACUCACUGAAGGAGAAGAACUUCGAAGUGCUCUUCCUUGUUGACCCUAUAGAUGAAUACGCUAUGACCCAGCUAAAAGAGUUUGAUGGUAAGAAGCUUGUCGAUAUCACUAAAGACUUCGACCUCGAAGAAACUGAGGAUGAGAAGAAGGUGCGUGAGGCCGAAGAGAAGGAGUACGAAAGUUUAGCCAAGGCCCUGAAGAAUGUUCUGGGAGAUAAAGUUGAGAAAGUUGUCGUCAGCCAUAAACUAGUAGGAUCCCCAUGCGCUAUACGUACUGGUCAAUUCGGGUGGUCAGCCAACAUGGAACGGAUCAUGAAGGCUCAGGCUCUCCGCGACACAUCCAUGUCCUCAUAUAUGUCAUCUAAGAAGACAUUCGAGAUAUCUCCUCGCUCCCCAAUAAUCAAAGAGCUAAAGAAAAAGGUCGAGGCAGAUGGGGAAAGUGACAGAACAGUGAAGUCCAUUACUCAACUUCUGUUCGAGACAUCUCUACUCGUGUCUGGUUUCACGAUUGAAGAACCGGCUGGUUUUGCAGAGCGCAUCCACAAGCUCGUUUCCCUUGGGUUGAAUGUUGAAGAGGAGCCCGAGGCUGAGGAAAUGGUUACCGACGAGAAGGUAGCAGAGGUACCCGCAGAAAGUGCGAUGGAAGAGGUUGAUUAG